AUGUCACCAUUGCCCGGUGUAUGCGCCGAUGUCAAGGCCAUUCACGCAUUUCUAUUGGAUAGACACGCUCGUCCAGAUCACAUCAAAAUACUCAGAAACGACGCCGCUACUCGGACGAAUAUCCUAAAGCUGCUAGAAGAUCUUGCCGAGAAUUCGACUACAAAGAAGGACGACCCCAUCCUCUUCUAUUUUGCCGGCCAUGGGACGAAGGCGCCGUCAGCAGACGACCCGAAAAAGGACAUUGAAGUGCUCUGCCCAUACGACUUCAUACCGGGUGAUAGCAAGGACAAGCUGGUACAGGGAAUUGCCGAUGUCACUCUUGCCGUAUACUUGAACAAGAUUUCCGAGGCGAAGGGGAACAAUAUUGUUGGUAACGUCCAUUCAACUUCAUUACUAAUUGCAUCGCUAAAGUAUUGCUGUGACUUUUCCCACAAGACCGUUAUCCUCGAUUGCUGCCACUCUGGCUCGGGCACCCGAGAGCCGGAAUAUAGAGUGAGAGGCUUCAAACUCCAACCCGGAUACCAAUGCCGCACUCCAGCCCAAGCAGUUGCUCCAGAGAAUUCCCCCAUACCCCCUGAGCCGAAGACGCUGAAGAGAAAUUAUGAAAUUUCGGGUUUAGCCUCCCAUGUCCUGCUUGCUGCUUGCAGUGCAGAGCAGCCCAGCAAUGAAAGCAACGCAGGCGGGUUGUUCACGACAAUGCUGAUAGAUGCACUCCGGGGUGAUGGUGCGCAUAAUUUGACGUAUAGGAGACUCGUUGAGGACCUUCCGGAGGUCAAGCACCAGCAACCUCAGUGUGAAGGCGUUUACAGAGACAGAUACCUCUUCACGUCAAUCACUCAUACCCCUGAGCACGACUUCCACAAGCUUAAGAUGCAGCCGGGAACUUACCGUGUCAAGCUCGACGCCAAGUUCAAGAUCGACAAGGGAGAUCAAUAUAACGUCUAUACUGCCCAAAAUAACAGCGGUCCGCUAGCCUUCGAAGUGUCGGUGAAAUCAACAUCGGAGUCUACAGCUGAGCUGGUCCCUAUCACCGAGAAGACAGCUGAUGAAACCUUCAAACCUCCCCAAUGUCCUCUCUUCCUGUCAUCUUCGAAGAGAACUAGAUUCGGAUAUAAACCUCAGGACUCUCCCGUCAUUUACCUUCCACUCUGCUCCAGGAACGUGACCUAUAAAUUGGCUGCAGGCGAAGCGUAUGGAAUCACCAGUGAUUCCAAGUUCAGUGUUCAUAUCGAGAGAGACGCGGCCUCGUCACUCGGAGAGUUCACCGUCCAGUCAAUCACAAACUUCACGGCGGAGAUAGUAUCCACAGUCGAUUUACCGAGCCCCAACGCUUUUCCGUCUACCGCGUAUGGGCUGGAGACUCGGACAGGGAAGAACUUGGAGAUUGCCAUGCCGAAGAACCUGACGUUCAUCGCAGAUCGCCUCGACGGACGGCUACUCGGAAAACACCAGAAUAUCCCUUUCACAGUACUCGCCCCAGCACCACCUAGGGUUACGCUGUUGAUGAAGGACGAGAACACAGUCGCCUUUGAAGUCAACGAUGAUAUAUGUCAUCAAUUCGGGGUGACACGUCUGUGCGGCUCAGUUGGUUGCAGCAACAAGACAAACCCGAACGAGAGCCAGGAUGUCAUUACUGUGUUAUCAGGCGCCGCCGACUUCUUUCGGCACCUCCAUCGCACUCCGAAGGUCAGCCAACUGUGCCUCACGGGGAAAGUCUUCCUCAGAUGUUAUGCGCUCGAGGAGGGAAUGGUAGACGGUGGUUGGGCGAUGAAGAAGAAAGACCCCGCGAAGGAUCUUAUCGAGGGUGACAUGAUCAAGUUGAUGGACGAUGGCGAGCACAGGCCCUUAGGAUUCGAGAUUGUCAAUAACACAAGCAUGCCCCUUUACGCGGCCUUAUUCUAUUUUGACAUAGGCGCCCUCAGCAUAGUCUCAUACUACGAGCCAGGGAUCGCCAGGGAUGGAAGAGCCGACUUCUCCAUAGACGCCCACACGAGCCUCACGAUUGGUUAUGGGGCUGGCGGGGGCAACCCACGAAUGUACCACGUGCGCCAAGGACGGGACGUAGAUGUCGGAUUUCUGAAGCUUUUCGUCUCGACCCAGUGGGUUGAUUAUUCGCACAUCAAACAGAAUUCUCCGUUCGAUGGCAUUGCUCGGGAGGAUGGCAGAUAUGUGUCAAUAAAUUCACCCUGGGACUCUACUCGUGUGCCGAUUAUACAGUGGAGGGAGUGA